UGGUGCUACCGUCCAAAAGUCAUUGGAGCACAGCUCUCAUCGAACAGCUACCGUUUGCGCAACUCGAGCUUUAAAAACAUCUUCGUGCGCAAAAGCAUGACCACAGAAGAGCGCAGUCGUGAGCUCCAGCUUCGGCAAGAGUGUAAGGCGCGCAAUGACCAACUUGGCAACCGUCGGGCUGUCAUCAGGCUACGGUUUCCCGUGUGUUGCUGGCAGUUGUUCAAGCUCUCAACCGAAAAGCAAGCCAGGACAUAUAUUGGCCGGAUGAGCAGGAAGCGCGAGGAUCAGCCGUGCUUUUUUGAUAAAUACCGUAUUCUUGGAAUAGCUGGGGUUGUUGACGGUACACACUGCCGCAUCCAGCGACCUCACGUUGCAGAAGGAGAUUAUGUCAACAGAAAGGGCUAUCGUAGUCUCAAUGUGGGAAUGGUGGUCGACUACGAUCUGAGGAUUAGAUGGGUGAACUCCAAAUGGUACGUCGGAGCUUCACGGACAGCUGAAAAA